UUAGAGGAGAAAAACAAAAAAAAUAUUCUGAACCAAUGGACUGCAGACACAGUACAGGAGAUGACCAGAGACUGUGGAUGUACUACAGGAGAUGACCAGAGACUGCAGACAGUACAGGGGAUGACCAGAGACUGCGGACACAGUACAGGGGAUGACCAGAGACUGCGGACACAGUACAGGGGAUGGCCAGAGACUGCGGACACAGUACAGGAGAUGACCAGAGACUGCAGACACAGUACAGGAGAUGACCAGAGACUGCGGACACAGUACAGGAGAUGACCAGAGACUGCGGACACAGUACAGGAGAUGACCAGAGACUGCGGACACAGUACAGGAGAUGACCAGAGACUGCGGACACAGUACAGGAGAUGACCAGAG